AUGGAGGAGAGCUGCUGGGCGAAGAAGAAGAUCGAAGGAGAUGAGUGGAGACGAGGGCCUUGGACUGCAGAAGAGGAUAAACUGCUCCUGCACUAUGUGAGUUUGCAUGGGGAUGGCAGAUGGAAUUCCGUUGCCCGCACAGUAGGGCUAAAAAGAAGUGGAAAGAGCUGCAGAAUGAGGUGGGUCAAUUAUCUGAGACCAGACUUAAAGAAAGGGCACAUAACAACAGAGGAGGCCCGACUCAUUAUAGCGCUGCAUGGCCAAUGGGGAAAUAGAUGGUCCAUCAUAGCUCGAUAUCUGCCUGGCAGAACCGACAACGAAAUCAAGAAUUUCUGGAGAACCCAUUUCAGGCCACGGCGAAAGUCAUCCUCCGGUAAGCGAGGCCUUAGAGGUGCAGAAAGCCAGAACCAGUUAUACUUUAGAGACGGAGAAAAAGGAGACAUUUGUCAACAGGAGCAAAGACAAGAAGAGGAAGAAGAAAAAACAAGGUUGCUGCAACGUAAAAGGGUAUUGCUCUGGCACCAACUCGAUGAGGGCAAACAAGAGAAGCCAUUGUUGCCAAUUGAUCAUGAGCUCGAGAUGCCCACGAAUCCCACUUUGGAAGAACAGUAUGUAUACUCCACGUUUGUUCAAGAACAGGUUCCUCAAGAGCUCCUCAUCGGAGACGAUCUGUGGGGCGGUUUAUGGCACUUAGAUUAUUAUGCUUGCACCAAUGCAUCCAUAGGCCUCCCCACUUAG